AUGCCAAAAGGGAAAUAUCGGGCUAAAGGAUACCCACGUCGAGGGAAAGUACGCAACGACAGGAAACAAGGAAACAUAUUUGGGAAGUCAAGAAAAGAAAAAGAAGCCUUGGAACAAUAUGGAAGUUUAAAUCCAUAUGAUAGCUUAGAAGACAGCUUGGACGAAGGAGAAAAGGGUGAAUCCUCAAAAAAGCCUUAUAACAAACUUAUCGAAUUACUACAGAAGGAUUCCGAGAAUCAAGAAUUUUUCAAACGACGAAAGUUCGAGGAAGAAGGGAUGGAAUAUGUGGCAGUAAUGAAAGCCAACGAUGAUUCCUUUGAGAGCUUACACGAAGAUGUGGGCGAUGCGAGGUUAGACGAUGAUAAUUUGCAAACCGAAGAAUCCGAUGAUGACGAAUUGCUGAAAAAUCAUGAUGCGGAAGAUAAUGAAGGUGGUGCUGACGAAUAUGACAUUCACUUCGGAGACGAUCAAUCAAACGAAAUCGUCACAAGAAUAACGGAUGUGGACGAAAGGAGAUGGAAAAUUUCAAAGUUUGAGGAUUCGGUUUUGAAAUCAGUCACGAAAUAUUUUUUAAAUGAAGAAUCUCUGGAGACGAGUGAAAGUAAAGAGGAAAAUGGGUCUAAUUUUGACCAUUUCAAAAUUAAGGAAAAACUGGUUGAAUCUUGGAAAAGGUUGCAUGAAAAUAGAACUGAAGUUUUUUCGGAAUUGCAAUCUCGCCUUUUUCAUCAUUUUAAUAAAUACCGUGAUGUCUUAUUUUCAAACCGAUCUUUGGAAAAUUCGCGGGAAAUAAGACGCGUCUAUGCUUUGCAUGCCUUGAAUCAUGUAUUUAAAACAAGGCAUCGCGUGUUAAAAAACAACACAAAAAUCACUCGUGCUCAUUCUACUGGUAAAGAUAUCGAGGAAUUGCGCGAUCAAGGCUUCACGCGGCCUAAGGUGUUAAUUCUGCUGCCUUUUCGGAAUUCUGCGUUAGAUUUGGUUGAAACCUUGAUAAACUUAUCUGGAACAGAACAACAGGAAAAUCGAAGACGUUUCUUCGAUUCAUAUGGUAUAUUGCCCGAACAGGAAAAAAUUGACCUCAAUAAACCAGCCGAUUUUCUGGAGACCUUCAGGGGAAAUAUUGAUGAUAUGUUUCGGAUUGGGAUAAAGUUUACCCGAAGAUCGAUGAAAUUAUACGCCGAGUUCUAUAAUGCAGACAUUAUUAUUGCUUCCCCAUUGGGAUUACGAAUGAUAAUCGGAACAGACGGGGACAAGAAACGCGAUUUCGAUUUCCUUUCUUCGAUCGAACUACUUAUAGUCGACCAAAGUGAUACCUUUCUCAUGCAAAAUUGGGAUCAUCUCGAGCAUAUUUUAAAUCAUUUGAACAUAAUUCCAAAAAGCUCGCAUGACUGUGACUUUUCCCGUGUUAAAAAUUGGUACCUUGACGGAAGAGCAAAAUAUUUCCGUCAAAACAUAAUUAUCUCCGAAUACCUUACUCCGGAAAUAAAUGCAAUCUUUAAUAAGCAAAUGAUGAAUAUCGCUGGAAAAUUAAAAAUCAAAAUGGAUUAUGAAGGUUCCAUCACAGAAGUAAUACCGGAGAUCAAGCAGAUUUUUAUACGGAUUGAGUGCCCGUCAUUGCCUGAAGCGGAUGACAUUCGGUUCAAAUAUUUUACCGAAAAGACCCUACCAUUGCUUAAGAAAUCCAAUUCGGAAUUAUUGCACACGAUGAUCUUCAUCCCAUCAUACUUUGACUUUGUUAGGCUUAGAAAUUAUUUCAAAGAUAACGAUUAUUCCUUUGCUAGCAUGAACUCUACCAUCAUGUCUCAGGCUAUGAGAGUUGGAAGUCAUAACUCACUCUUGAGGGCGUCCGUAGCAAAAAAUACUGGUGUUCUACAAUUCGUAAUGAGGAAAAAUUUUAGGCAAUUUUCCUCGACUGCACCCGCUCAAGACACCGCUUCCGAGCACCAGAAAAUCCUCAAUGCCCAACGAGCUGUUCGGCCCAUGUCACCUCAUCUAUCCAUUUAUCAACCACAGUUAACUUGGUAUAUGUCCAUAACCCAUAGAAUUACUGGUGCAGGCCUGGCUACUGUUUUCUAUGGCGCUGCUAUUGCCUAUGCUCUUAAUAGUCCAUUGGGAUUGGAUUUUAACUCACAAUCACUUACCGCCAUCGUGGCCACCCUUCCACCUUCAGUUAAACUUACCGGAAAAUUCCUUUUGGCUUGGCCCUUCACUUUUCAUGCUUUUAAUGGCAUUAGGCAUUUGGUAUGGGAUCUCGGAGGCGCCCUGUCGCUGAAAGGUGUAUAUGCUACAGGAUACGCAGUACUAGGUCUAUCUACUUUAACUGCAGCCGGUGCUGUUGCUAUGUGUUGA